AUGGCGGCGGUGACCGUCGAGGACGCUGUGGCCGCCGUCGUUCCCAUCGUCGUGUACUGGGCCUACUCCGGCGUCCACAUGGCGCUCGGCCACACACGGGUCAUGGACAAGUACAGGCUGAACUCCAAGGACGAAGAAGACAGCAAGAACAUGGUGUCCAAGCGCGCCGUUCUCGCCAACGUGCUCAUGCAGCACGCUAUGCAGCUCGCGGCCGUCGCAGUGCUCACCGUGCUUACAGGAGGAGGAAGAGGACGAGCAACGGCGACGUCGUACCUGACGGCGGCGCGGCAGAUCGCGGUGGCGGUGGUGGUGUUCGACGCGUACCGGUACGCGUGGCACCGGCUGGCGCACCGGAACCGGUUCAUCUACCGGCACCUCCACUCGUGGCACCACCGCAUCGUGGUGCCCUACGCGUUCGGCGCCAUCUACGGGCACCCGGUGGAGGCCCUGAUCGCGGACACGGCGGGGGGCUCGCUCGCCGUGCUCGCCUCCGGCCUGUCCUCCUCAUCGCCGUGCGCCACGGCCGUGUUCCUCACGCUGUGCACCGUCCAAGGCAUCGACAUCCACUGCGGGCUGAGCCUCCUGCCGCGGCGGCUGCGGUGGGUCUGGAACGGCGCCGCGCACCACGGCGUCCACCACCUGCCGCGCGGCGUGAGGCACAACUUCUCCGACCUGUUCUUCGUGACGUGGGACAGGGUGUUUGGGACGCACUUGCCCUACGCCGUCGAGGAGAGACCCGGCGGCGAGGGGCUGAUGCUCAGGACCAUGCCGCCCAAGGCGCCGUCCAAGAAUAACUAA